CUGCGGGGCCGGAGUGUGUGAUGGUCGGCGAGCGGAGCCAGAAGAGUCAGUGAGCACGAAGAGCACCGGAGACACACCGGGACCCGCCGCCAGGUGCACGAGCAGCACGUUCACAGUCUUUCAGGAUGAUCCGUCCGAUGCUGAUGUGUUUCGUCCUCUGCGUCGUCUACGGCAGCAGCAAACCCACCGAGAAGAAAACCCGCGUCCAUCACGAGGAACCUCUGAGCAACCUGGAACACAACGACGACAAGAACAACGACUACGACCACGAAGCCUUUCUGGGUCAAGAUGAGGCCAAAACCUUCGACCAUCUUCCACCAGAGGAGAGCAAACGGAGGCUCGGCAUCAUCGUGGAUAAGAUCGACAGCGAUCAGGACGGUUUCGUGUCCGAGGAGGAGCUGAAGGUUUGGAUCAAGAACGCUCAGAAGAAGCACAUUUUCGACAGCGUGGAACAUCAGUGGACGGACUUCGACCUGAACGGCGACGGCCAGAUCAGCUGGGAGGAGUACAAGAACGUCACCUACGGCAGUUAUCUGGAUGACCCUCAGGCGGACUCGGAGUACAACUACAUGCUCAUGAUGGCGAGGGACGAGAGACGCUUCAAAGUCGCCGACAGGAACGAAGACCUGAUCGCAGACAAACAGGAGUUCACGGCGUUCCUUCACCCUGAAGAUCACGACUACAUGAAGGACGUCGUGGUUCAGGAAACAAUCGAGGACAUCGACAAGAACGGAGACGGUUUCAUCGACCUCAAAGAAUACAUCGGCGACAUGUACACGGCCGAGGACGGCGAGGAGGAACCGGACUGGGUGGCGACAGAACGUCAGCAGUUUGCAGAGUUCAGGGACAAGAACAACGACGGGAAGAUGGACCGAGAGGAAACCCUGGACUGGAUCCUCCCGGCCGACUACGACCACGCCGAGGCCGAAGCCAAACACCUGCUGCACGAGUCCGACGCCAACAAGGACGGAAAACUGAGCAAGAAGGAGAUCGUGGACAAGUACGACGUGUUUGUUGGGAGUCAGGUGACGGACUUCGGGGAGGCGUUACUGCGGCACGACGAGUUUUAGAUUUAAAAAAACAAAACAGGAAUUUUUUUUAGCUCGUUUUUGGAGAGUAAUUUAUUUUGUAAACCUCCAGAAAAGAAAAAAAAUUGCCGUUUGUUUUGAGGUUAAACUUGAAGACUUGUGUUUCUGUCGGGUUCUGGUCGGGUUCUGCUUUUUGUAAAACGUCCAAUUUGAGGAUUUUGUUUUAUAUUUCGUCCAUUUUUUAAGACUUCGGUUUGGUUUUGCACUUGUUUCUGUCAUUUCUGUUCAUCAUUUGGGUAAAACGUGGUUUAUUGUGACUCAUUAAUCAGAAAGAAAACUCGCCAAACUUUAAAAAAAACCAAACUAAAACAGUAUUUGGAGCAAAGCUUUAAUAUUUUGUAGAAGGUUUAUUUUUUCUAGACAAUCCCUGAUAUGAGCCGAUGCACUAAACAAAACCAAAAGAAAAAAAAGCACAACAGUUUGCAUCUUUUUUUUUUUUUGUUGGAUGAUUUCUAAUGAAAUUCUGUUCAACCAACAAACUGCGUUGAGUUGAAGAAACGUUUCCUCUACAGUCAAAGUCAAACGUUUCAUUAACGUAAAGAUAAAAGUGGAGACUUCUUCAGCUCAAGGUGACGUUUUGAUGUUUAUUUCAAUAAGUUCCCUCGACUUGAAUUUAGUUUAAAAUCGCAUAAAUUCAAGUUUAAAUUCCACAACGUUAAGUUAACGUUUUUAUGUCACCUCACGAAGGUUCUGCAUCAGUCAGUUAAUCGAUGUUUUAAAUGGCAACAGGUGAGAUCAUCGCUUUGGGAACGUUCUCCGAGUUCCCAGAUAGAACUUUCGGAAAAAGUUCUGCAAAGUUCUGCUCAUCUGUUCAGCAGGAAGUUUUCUUUCCGUUCCCAGAAUGUUCGUCUUUUAGCCAGGAUGACACAAGAUGUUCUAAAAACGUUUGGUGGGAACAUUGUGAGACCUCGAAUGUGCACUGAACACGUUCCUCUGUUUUUAUCAUGUAACGUUGUGGCAACGUUUUAUAGACUCUGUAUUGUGAACGUUCUGUCAUCCAACCUCUCGAUAACAUCUCGAAAACAUUUUCUGAAUGUUACACAGUUCCUUCGUUAUCAUUGUGGAAGUGUUCAUAAAAGAACGUCUUAUUAACAUUCCAUCAACAAAGAGGCUGACUGUUCUACUGUUAAUGCAUCCCAUUACAGGAACGUUAUUAAACGUUCUGUAUAAAAACGUUCUGUCAUCUGAGGACGCUGUAACAUCUGGAAAACAUUUUUUGAAUGUUUUGUAGAGAACGUUUUUUGUUGCCAGAGUGAUUGUUUUAUGCGAGAACGUGUGUGUUCCUCAGAACGUUGUAGGAAGGUUGUUCCAUCUUUGUUGUGUCGCACUGCAAGAACGUCUUAUAAAGAACAUUCUGUGAA